CGCGCUGAUGACCAGCCAAACCCAUACACCGCGCGCGCAUGGAGAGAGCAGCACCUCUCCACCUGAACCGAGCUGGAUAAUUCAACCUUCGUAGUGAGGAAAACACGACAAGCAUAGUUUUACAUUUAUUAGGUACUUGGGAACAAACAGCUGUUAAAAUGGUUUGCCGUAUGUGAAUGUUUAGCCAUUUAAAGUUGUGGUUUUCUCAAGAAAAAUAAUGCGGAUUAUGUGUGCGCCGCAAUAUAACGCCUUAUAGUGAACACAUUAAAACUGGAAUCGGGGAUGACGGUGAUGUGCUGGCUCUUGAUGUUGGAUCUUAGACAAAUAGACAUUCAGUCAUUAAAUCCUUAUUGAUCACUAAAACUGGGAAGAGUCUGAUUAAUUAGUGGAAGCGCUCCUGAAACCCAGAGGACGAUGCGUUGCGUUUGAGCCCUUCUGUGACUCAGAAAUCAGACGUUCCUUGCCAAAUCGGUGCCUGCCUGCUUGGCUGCAUCUAAAUAUGGCAACCAAUGGGCCCAUGUGCAACACGUCAAUCUUCAACUACGCAAACCAGUCCAAUGAUAUAACCAAUAUUUCCCUUCACCUAAAUGAAAGCUUGCUGGGCGAGGAAGACAGUGCAAAGGUCCUGGCCGUAAUCUACCUCGUUGUGUUUGUCGUGGGUUUGACAGGAAACUCUCUGGCCAUUUUCGUGGUUCUGCGCUACACCAAAAUGAAGACGGUCACUAAUAUGUACAUCUUGAACCUGGCAGUGGCUGACGAGUUGUACAUUCUGGGACUUCCAUUUCUCACCACCCACAACGUUCUCACCUACUGGCCAUUUGGAAACUUCCUCUGUCGUAUUCUGAUGUGGGCAGACUCCAUCAGUCAAUUUACUAGCACAUUCUGUCUGACAGUAAUGAGCAUUGAUCGCUAUAUGGCUGUGGUACAUCCUAUCCGCAGUGCAAGGUGGCGGCGACCCAGUGUUGCCAAGGUGAUAAAUAGCAUGGUAUGGGCACUGGCCUGUCUACUGACACUGCCAGUCAUCAUUUACUGUGACGUUCAGCCGGAGCUCAACACCUGCAACCUGAGCUGGCCUGAACCACGUGAUGUGUGGUCCACUGCCUUCAUCCUCUACACCGCCAUUCUAGGUUUCUUCUGUCCACUGCUGGUCAUCUGCCUGUGUUACCUGCUCAUCGUGAUCAAGGUAAAGUCUGCCGGGGCACGGGCCGGACUCUCCAAACGGCGCGCGUCUGAGAAAAAAGUAACGAGAAUGGUGGUGAUCAUCGUGGUGGUGUUCGUCCUGUGCUGGCUGCCGUUUUUUAUGCUCAACAUCAUCAAUGUGAUCAGAACACUCCCGGAGAACGGCAUCAUCACCGGCGUGUACUUUCUCACCGUCAUCCUGACCUACGUCAACAGCUGCGCCAAUCCGCUGCUCUACGGUUUUCUGUCGGACAACUUCAAGCGGAGCUUCCAGAAAGUUCUGUGCAUCCACAGGGUCAACGGGAUCAGUGACGGUCUCCCUAGUCGCGCACGCCUCAGCAGGACCCAUCAUAAUGAGCCCAUCUUCCCUCCAAGGAGCUUUGACAACGACCCUGUCCAGAGCUAUCAAUCCAUUGGUUUGGAGGCCGAGCCCUGUGCCAAAACAGAAAUCCACCGCCCUGGACCACAAGUGAUCAGCCAGUCCAUAUAAAAUUCUGUGACAGGAAAGUUGGAUGGAUUUUACAUGUAUAUGCUUUUUGUUCUGUUCAAGUAUGUUGUCUAAGUGAAGUCAUUCCUGCAUACAAACAAUACUGCAUAUAUAUAAAGUUGUUGUCUAUGCCUAGAUCAAAGACUCUCUGGUGCACAAAGACGAUACAUUUCCAUAUAAAUAUAUUUCUUCUAUGAGAAGAAAUCAGUGAUGUUAUAUGUGACUGUAAAUAUGUAUUAUAAUGAGAAAUGGCUCAUCAUUAUGUUCAGCAUGACUGAAUGAAACUGGGAAACUGUUCAUCCAUGACCUUUGGACCAAUUUGGACAGUUAAGAGAGGAAGUUCCUUCUGCUGUUACAUUUUGAUGGAUCAUUGAUAAUUUGGUGGCGGUUCUGAAAAUAUUCACUCUCAAAAAAGCUCUCUUGGUGGAUUUUCCUUCAAAGCAGAGUGAUACACACAGAGACUAAGUCUCAUAUAGGACUUGAUGGAAAUGCCAAAUACCCUAUUUAUUAAAGUCUUUACACAAACCUAUUUAUGAUGGAUGAAGAAGUUCCAUAGUUGGAGCAGAAUCAAUGCCCAAAACAUUCUCAGAGCAGUAGGAACCUGCACAGGCAGAAAUCGAGAUGUUUUCUUUAAUCGGGGUGGAAAAGGUAUACUUGUAUUAUGCUACCUUUGUGUUGAAAUUGUUUGUAUUACUGCUAAUAAACCUGAGCUAAAGAAUUACAA